UUAUGUCAUCUUGUAACGUUUGCGGAGUAAACAGACGUGCCAGUAUGGGUUAUGACCCCCUGACCAUACGCACGUGUUUCAGCUACGCUCUCCUAUUAAAAGCCUUUAGGACGGGGGUUACCAUGCUGCUAUAUGGGAGCUAAAAACCCCGAAAGGGAUCACGAUGACUGAUUUCCCUGAAUACGCCGCUGGUGCUCUUGUAUUUUAACAGACAAAGAUGAGUCAACCAAAAAGUCCUUCUACUGCCAUCAAUGGCAUAACUCCAAUCCAGCAGAUGAUUUCUUCCUGCUCCGGAGCCCUGAUUACGUCACUUCUCGUCACACCUUUGGAUGUAGUAAAAACCCGACUGCAAGCACAGAAAAACCCCUUGACCAAAGGCAAGUAUUUUGUCUACUGCAAUGGACUCAUGGACCACAUAUGUGUGUGUGAAAACACCAAGGGCUGGUACAAAGCUUCCGGUCACUUCAAAGGCACCCUGGAUGCCUUCUAUAAGAUAGUCUGCUGUGAGGGAGUCACGGCCUUAUGGAGCGGUCUGCCUCCAACACUCGUGAUGGCGGUCCCAGCCACAGUGAUCUAUUUCACGUGUUACGAUCAGCUGUGUGCAGCGCUGAAGGUGAGGAUGGGAGAGCGAGCCCAGGAGGCUCCUCUGUUAGCGGGAGCCAUCGCUAGAGUGGGUUCAGCGACCGUAAUCAGCCCCCUGGAGCUGAUCCGCACCAAGCUGCAGUCCCAGAAGCAGUCGUACCGGGAGCUGACCAACUGCAUCCGCUCUGCAGUGCAGACAGAAGGCUGGUGGUCUCUGUGGAGGGGUUUGGGCCCCACCCUGCUCCGAGACGUGCCCUUCUCAGCCAUGUACUGGUACAACUACGAGCGGGGCAAAAGCUGGCUGUGCCAGUGGUAUAACGCCAGCGAGCCCACGGUCACCAUCACCUUCCUAUCUGGAGCCGGGUCGGGUUCGAUUGCUGCCAUUGUUACUUUACCGUUUGACGUGGUGAAAACAAGACGACAGGUGGAGCUCGGGGAGCUGCAAGCAACGAAUUCGUCAGGUCAGGUUUCCUCAUCCACCUUCAGCAUCAUGCGGAGGAUUGUGGCUCAAGAUGGCUUCCGUGGGCUUUUCGCAGGUUUCCUCCCCAGGCUGAUCAAAGUGGCUCCAGCCUGUGCCAUCAUGAUCAGCUCCUACGAGUUUGGAAAGGCCUUUUUCCGCAAACACAACCAGGAGAGGAUCCUUCAGCAGCUGCAGUCCACAAACACGUGAUUGGUAUCCGUGAAUCAACCAUCCCCAUGAUCACUGCUAGAUUAGAAACAUGGGAAAACAUGUAAUUUUGCCAAUCCUAAAGAGGCAGAAAUAGGGGUUAAACUAAAUAUUCUAAGUAUUUCCGCUCUGAGAUCAAUGCAUAUUAAAUAUCUUAUAGUAUUUAUAUUUUAUUUUAGGAUCGAGGCUAUGAGAAAUUAUUUUUUUCAUGUAAAAAAAAAAGAAGAAAAAAGUCGAUUUACAUGUUUAAUGUAUGUAUCAGCCAGCAGAUGGCAGCCACAGUUUGGUUUGUAUUGAAUCCUCAUCAUGUUCAAGUUGCCUGAGGAUCAUUUUAUCCUGCUGCUUGUCACGCCUAGAGCCAUGUUGACCAAAACUGUGAAAGUAGAGGGAUGACGGUUUGCCAGAAGAACUUUAUGAAAAUGUGACGUCUCUAAUGUUCAGAUUUUAUUCUCAUCGGUCUUGCAAGCCUUCUUGUCCCCUCUGUCUCUGUGGACAUCGACACACAUCUGGAAAUUUCAGUGUGAAAGCAAGUGGAGUUUAUUUAAAAUAAAAUAUUAAAAAAAAA